UUUGGUGCGACGUCACUGCAGUGUGUUCUCUGCUUGAAUGUGUUGCGGGGUUUCUGUGGGAGUGUGUUUUAACUUGAAUAAAGGUUAUAAAUAAAGGUAACAAAUGGCCGAAGGAAUUCAGAAGAAACUGCAGUCCGAGUUGGAAAAAUAUCAACAACUGCAGAAAGAUGUCAGUAAAAGCAUGUCAGCCAGACAGAAACUGGAAGCUCAGCUGACCGAGAACAACAUAGUGAAAGAGGAGUUGGACCUGCUGGGAGCUGACAACACCAUCUACAAGCUCGUGGGGCCCGUGCUUGUGAAGCAGGACCUGGAUGAGGCCAAAAACACCGUUGCCAAGAGGCUGGAAUACAUCAAUGGCGAGAUACAGCGUUACGAGAAUCUGUUGAAGGAGCUGGAGCGCAAGUCAGAUCAGCAGCGUGAAGUUCUAACCAGCCUGCAGCAGGAAUACCAGCGUGCACAGGGCCGCUCCUUUGGGAAAGCCUAAGGACAGGAGAGGACGCAAAGCUGAGAGACACCUGAUGGAGAAAUGAGAGUGGAACUUAUGGGUGGGGAAGCAAGGGAGCCACCUUGUGUAUCAUCUUGUUUUGUUCAAUGACUGAGUCUCACACACUUCUUUACCCUCUGUUUCUCAUAGUAAAGAAGCUUUAAGGCGUGUUUUUUUUUGUUACUGUUCU